GAGCUGGGCUUCCUCUAUAGAAGCUUUAGUUUCAAAGGCAGCCCCCCAAUUGAAAAAAAACAACCUGCAGCUAGAUUGAAGUGGUCAGGAGGGAUCCCAACUGGGAGAGACUGGGAUGGGGAGGAAGAGGAGGGACUAGUGAGAGUGAAGCUGGGAGAGACUGGGAGGGCGGGGAAAGGAGGAUGGCGGCAGGCGAGACGGGAAAUGGCUGAGGCGUGGACCCGGGGUCAGUUACCGAGCCAGGCAGGAAGGGCUGGGGUGAGCUGGGGGCCAGAAGCUGGCUAGGCAACAGACAGAAAGCUCUACCCUUAGCUUGACUCCUGGCUUGACUGUGGGUCAGACUGAAGGGGCUGGGGAAGGGGUCAGGUCACUGACCAUCUACCUGGGGAGGGGCUGAGUACCGAUUGUCUCUUGUUUGCAUGAGGCAUCCUGGAACAUCCGAGAACCUGCAAGACUAAUUGGGAGAGUAAACAUCUGCCCUGGGUAAAAAGCAACUUUCCAUUAGAAUAUAGGGGCCCACCUGGAUUAAAGGGCUCAUGUAACCCUCAAGUUCAGCUUGCUCCAGGCUUUCUUUGGAAUUUAAGAGUUAAUAUAAUCUAUCUCCUGCAGACCAGAACCUAAACAGCUAGGGCUAGGGGAGAAUGCUUUGGGGGAUCUCAAAUAUAACUGGAAGGAGGCAUUCUUGGGGUCACAUUCUUCCACCCCCUCACCUCAAUUUUACAGCUGAGAGCUGGGCCUCUGGAGAAAAGUGAUUUAAUCAAAGCCUCACAAUUCGAGGUGGCGUGACUGGGACUAGAAUUCAGGGUUCCUGGUCCUAAGUCCUAUAUACACUUUUCCAUUACACCACCUAAUUGUGUAUGGUGUGGGGAGGUGGGGUAGAGGGAGGAGUGCGGAUUUCCUCUGAUUAAUUGCACAGUUUUCCAGGUUACUUUGUUAGGAAAACCUGUCCAGGGGAGAAUUCCUUCUUCCUGCCCUCCCUGAAGACUCUUUCCUACCCAGAAAUUGGGGAGGGGAUCCUCCUUUCCCCUUGGUCAUGGGCUCUUGUGGCCUUUCCCUCUGGCUGCCCCCGUAAGAGAGGGGGAGAACGGGCCAGGGAAAGGCUCUAGCAGCAGGCUUGGGAACCCUGUCGGCCCAGCUUAUCUCCCACACCCUGCCUGCAAAAGGCCUCCAUUGAGUUGGCUCUGCACUGGGCUGCUGCCCCCGCAGGUCAAGGCCUCAGGCCUCCUGAGGGGACAAAACGACAAAAAAGUGGGAAGGAAUUACCCCUUUUUCUAUCUUCUCCCUCCCCUCUUCUCCAACCCUGCGGAGGUGUAGAAGACUCGAGAAGACGGGCAGGGGUAAAGCAUUCCUCAGGCAGUUGGGAGAAAACCAUGUCGGAGGUGAGAGGUCUGAGGGGCUGAAGAAAAGGAAGCUGUCCUCUUCUGCACCUCCUCCCGCCGGAUCGGUGCGGUGGUGCGCGCCAAGGUCUCCGGCUCGGAGCGGCGCAGAUAACCGCGGUCUCACUCCCCCGGUGCAGGCUUCCAGCUGCUGCUGCUUUUCCUCCUCUCCACUCCUACCCUGCAGGGGGCCCCCCAGAUCCGCGCAAGGGCAGCUCGUUAUUCUCAGGUGCUACUCCCACGCCUCUCUGGGCUGCACGCGGAACAGAGAUGGAGAGAUGAGGCGUUCAGGACUGGCAGAUCCUUGGCCAGAACUGGGAAGACUGGCUGCGCUGGGGGAGGGGACCCGGCGGGCCGGAGCCGGGAUCGGGGGCGCGGCUUUCUGCCCUUUCCUCUCCCGGAGCCGGGGCGGCUGAAAAGCGCCUUUGUGGAUGGAGCUGCUGAGUCCGCUGCUCCCAGCGCGUCCCCGGCCUCGGCCCGGGAUUCUCGCUCGGUUAAGUCAUCCCGGAGAAUGGCCAUUGUACUUGGCGCAGCCCCCGCCACCCCGGUCCUUUUUCCAGCAGCCUUGAUCCUGGAUAGCUUUGCUUGGGCACCUCUGCGGGGGAGGGAGGGCACUCGAAUCUCGAAGGGGUUAAUGCUAGGGGCCCAGCGGAGGAGGAGGAAGGAAGGAAGGGAGGAAGGAAAGAAGGAAGGAAGCGGUGCCCAGUGCCAGGGAAGGCCACGAAACAAAAGAUGAAUCAGGCGGAGGGAGGGCAGCCGGAGGCUGGGGCGGGGGCCAGGCUGCUCAACCCCUCCCGGGCCGAGAUUCCACCGCCCUCUCUCGAGCCCUUGCCCUCUCGCUGAAGCCGUGAGGACGAGGGGCGGGCGUCUAAAAUGGGGGAAGAGCGAGGUAUAGGCGCCCCCACCCCCAGCCUCAGAAAUGACUCCAGGGUUCUCCCACGCUCUGGGAAGCGCUGUAAAGAGCGGGUGAACGCGCUCGCCAUUGCCGUGAUGAAUAUGUGGCCCGGAGUGCGUCUGCGAGUGACCGAGGGCUGGGACGAGGACGGCCACCACGCCCAGGACUCCCUGCACUACGAAGGUCGCGCUUUGGACAUCACCACGUCCGACCGGGACCGCAAUAAGUACGGCUUGCUGGCGCGCCUGGCAGUGGAAGCUGGCUUCGACUGGGUCUACUACGAGUCCCGCAACCACGUCCACGUGUCGGUCAAAGCCGAUAAUUCUCUGGCGGUCAGGGCAGGCGGCUGUUUUCCGGGAAAUGCCACAGUGCGCCUCAAGAGCGGCGAGCGGAAGGGGCUGCGGGAGCUGCAUCGCGGAGACUGGGUGCUGGCGGCGGACGCGGCAGGCCGGGUGGUGCCCACGCCGGUGCUGCUCUUCCUGGACCGCGACUUGCAGCGCCGGGCCUCCUUCGUGGCUGUGGAGACCGAGCGGCCCCCGCGCAAGCUGUUGCUCACGCCCUGGCACCUGGUGUUCGCAGCCCGCGGGCCCGCGCCCGCGCCCGGCGACUUCGCACCGGUGUUCGCGCGCCGGCUGCGCGCGGGGGACUCGGUGCUGGCGCCCGGCGGGGACGCGCUUCGGCCGGCGCGCGUAGCCCGAGUGGCGCGCGAGGAAGCCGUGGGCGUGUUCGCGCCGCUCACAGCUCACGGGACGCUGCUGGUCAACGAUGUCCUGGCCUCGUGCUACGCGGUCCUGGAGAGCCACCAGUGGGCACAUCGCGCUUUUGCUCCUCUGCGCCUGCUGCACGCGCUGGGGGCGCUGCUUCCCGGCGGGGCGGCCCAGCCCACCGGCAUGCACUGGUACUCGCGGUUCCUCUACCGCCUGGCGGAGGAGCUGCUGGGCUGAGCGCUGCGGCUGAGGAAACCUCGAGGCGCCCGCCGUCGAAAAGCUGGGCGUGCAGGCAGAGAGCUGGGGGUGGGCGCCGCUGACGGUGCUGACUGGGAGGGGGGACGGAAGGGCAGGAAGGAACACGGAGGAGAGACAGGAAGCACCUGUUAGGGACAACCUCCAACUGAGAAGAGGUGAUCCUAGGUCCCAGGUAGGUGAGGUUGAUGACGGGCGUCUUCAACGAGCACUAUUUAGUCUCUUCUUCCCCAAUGCCUCAGCCCUACCCUAUUAUUUUAUUUUCUAUUUAUAAAUUGUAAUAUAAUGAGCUGCUUGCCUAGCCUGGCCAGAUGAGGAGCUGGGCACGCGGGGUUAAUGCUGUCUGGUAAUCAGCCAAUCUGACAACUGACACUUUCCUACAGGUGAGCUAAUAAAAAGAAGGCUUCCAGAAGCUCA